AUCUUGGGGACGGAUUGGCCACUCUCCUGCUCACACUACUUGGCAACUUUAUUAAUGUGUGUGUGUGUGUGUGUGUGUAAAGAGAGAGAGAGAGAGAGAGAGACAGCAGGGAGCGUUUGUGGUGGUCGUGUGUUCGUCUCAGCAGUGGCGUUGGCACAUCAAGUUACCAGCAUGGAGCAUGGCAGUUCAACGAGUGAGAUUGAGGUGGUGAAUGGGAAGCUGAAGAAGGAGCUUGUGGUGAAGGAAAAAGAAGAUGAAGAGGAGGAGAAAAAGGACGAGGUGAAGGAAAUGAGGAAUGCUAAGUUGAUAAAUAACGAAAAGGAGGAGGAGUUGAAGGUCAAGGAGGAGGAGGAGGAGGAGGAGGAGGAGGAAGACAGCGAUGAUGAUGAAACGGAGAUGGAUAACGAAGAGGACGAGGAAGACGAAGAGGAGGAGAAGUUAAAGGAGCUGAUAGUUGACAUGCAGUUGGUGCGGGAUUACUUCACCCCAGGCGCUGAGAAUGAAGUGCCGCUGGCCUCAUAUUUGAAAGCCUAUGUGGAGCUGAACAAGUUCAUCAAGAUGUUGGGCAAGUUCUACUAUUUCGUUUCCUUAGACGUCAAGAGGAAGAUAGCAACACUGCGGAAGAAGAUGGCGGGGGAGAACAGCCAGUAUUACGUGGACCUGAAGACGAUGAUCAAGUAUGAGACGGAGAAUGGCCUUGUUGUGGAGAAAUCCAUGUCUGGCACUGAGGCACUCCUUAUGCUGCACCGGGGCCUGGAAUUUGCCCGAGACUUCAUGACUGAGUUGGUGAAGGAGAAGGAGGAGCCCAAGCUGAGUGAGGCGGCCUCCAGGAUUUACGUGUCCACCACAGGAAGGUUCCACCCGCCCAUCCUGCGGGAAACCUUCUCCUUGGUGCUGAGGAUGCUGCCCAACCGAGCCACCAUCAGGAGCAGGGUUGCGAAGGAGAACGAGGAGGCGGAGGAGACACUAAAGAGGCUGCUGCCGGAGGUCAUCAAGUCAGUGACAGAGACUUACGACGUAUGCCAGAGGAUCUACCAGGACUACAACCUCCUCAACUUACCAUGAAGGACCCUCUGGCCAAGGAGGUGCCAUAGAGGAGGAGCUGGCUGGAAUAUAAGAACCAGGCUGUGACUUUCUGAAGGAGGAGGAGGAAGAGUUACCAAGAUGACCAAGAGAGAUCAGAAAAUUUGUUUUAGAGAGAGAGAUAGAGAGAGAAAAUUUGCCAGGUGGAAGAGAAAUGAAAGAAAAAUCAGAAAACAUGAGAAAGAAGAAGAUAAAUUGAGUUAGAGAAGAUAUGUUAAUAAUAAAUGGAAGACAAUGUGAUAAUGCAAUAAAUGGAAGAGAUGGAAUAGGUUAAGAUUACAUUACAAGAAGACUCAAGUUAUAAAGAGAAGGGUUGUGGUGAGUGGAGGCAAGAUCUGAUGUGUGGUUAAGUGGAGAAUUAGUGUUUGUCUUUCCACUUUUUUUGUAUAAAGAUGACCAUCAGAAGACUUCAUUUUGUAAUUACUUAGGACAACUGACUUUUAAUACUUCAAAUAUAUAUAUAUAUAUAUAUAUAUAUAUAUAUAUAUAUAUAUAUAUAUAUAUAUAUAUAUAUAUAUAUAUAUAUAUAUAUAUAUAUAUAUAUAUAUAUAUAUAUAUAUAUUUUUUUUUUUAGCUAUAAUCUCCACACGACUGAAUUAUCUAUUGACUGUGUAAUGAUAACUUGUAAACCACUCAAAAAAUGUUUAUUAACUCUCUGAAGACUUCACCUUUUUUUUUUUUUCAACUCUGAAGAUGUAACCUUUUUUUUUGUCAACUGAAUAAUUCUCUUUUUUUUACUCUGAAGAAUUAACUUUUCUUUUUUUACUGAAGAAUUAACCUUUUUUUUUUUACUCUGAAGAAUUAUCUCUUUUAACUGAAGAAUUAACUCUUUUUUUUUUUUUUAACUCUGAAGAAUUAACUCUCUUUCCCAACUCUGAAGAAUUAGCUCUCUUUUUUUUUCUUUUAACUCUGAAGAAUUAACUCUCUUUUUUAACUCUGAAGAAUUAACUCUCUUUUUUAACUCUGAAGAAUUAAUUAUCUUUUUAACUGAAGAAUUAACUCUCUUUCCCAACUCUCUGAAGAAUUAAGUCUUUCCCAACUCUCUGAAGAAUUAAAUCUCUUUUCAGCUCUGAGGAAUUUACUUUUUUUUCAUCUCUGUGAAGACUCAAAACAUUUUUUCAACUAUCAGCAGACUAAUUCUUUCAACUAUUUUUUAACCAUCUGAAACUAUUUAUCAUCCACAUGAAGUAGUCUCUUGUACUGAAGACGAUUAACUUCAAACUUGAAAAUAUUUUAUGCUAUACUAAAACCAACUUUUUUACUAUUUAAAGACUAAAGUUUUCACUGUCUAAUUAUUAUUAAGACUUUAUAUGCUUUAGCAGAUUUAAGGUGUUUUACUCGUACUGCUCUUGUUCAGAAUGUGAUGUUAACAUGCUCAAAAUGUUCUGUGAAUUAUGGUAAAUAUUGAUGUUGUAACUCUUGCAGAUAGUAAUUGUAGUCAUAAUUAUUGAACUGAACUGACGUACCUAUUUUUGUAAAGGAGAGAGAGAGAGAGAGAGAGAGAGAGAGAGAGAGAGAGAGAGAGAGUUUUCACAGAAUAGGCAUGUUUUUAUAUAUCAUUGCAUUCAUGAAAUAGAUGGUUGGUGUGUGGCAUCAAUCAAACCUGAAGGAUUCUCAAAGAUGCCAGUUAUUGAUAUACUUUUAACCCUGAACUAAAGCUAACAGUGUGAAUAGCAGUAUGGUUUACUGCGCACUCUACUUGUACCUGCCUUUGUAAUGUGCUGUAAUGAUCACUUGUUCCCACUCUGGUUUGGGAUGCCAUGAAUAAAUGUUGCCAUUGUG